GCAUUUGACGUUUACAUUUUAUACAAUUUACACCUAUUGCUCUAAAAAUGUCUGAAAGAUUCGAUUUAGAAAUAGUUUACAAGAAUUUUGAAAGUGCGAAACAUGAAGAAGACGACGUCAAUUUGGAACAUUAUUUAUUAAGCUUCGAAGAGUUGAAUAAGUUUUUUACGUUGAUAGGUACCAUAUUUGGUUUUGUGAGUAAGGAUUUAAUAGAGAAAAUGGAAGUGUUGAGGGUUUUUUUGAAGGAUGAAGCAAAAUCGGAGAAAUUUAAAACUGUUAAAAAUAUGAUUAGUUACGAGUCAGAAAACGAGUUGUUAAAGAAGAAAGGAUACACUUCUGGUUGUAGGACUUUGUUACGAUUACAUAGAGGAUUAGAUUUUAUUAGAUUAUUUUUAAAGAAGUUAAGCGAUUUAAACAAUGAAGAUGAUACUUGUUAUGUUUGUAAGGAGUCUUAUUUAGAAACUUUAGCGAAUCAUCAUACUUUUUUGAUAAGAAACGGUGCUAAAUUGGCUAUUUAUACACUGCCAAAAAGGGGAGAAUUACUCAAUAGGGUUUGUGGCUCAGAAGAAGAAAUAAAUAAAACCCUCGAAUUACUACCAUCUACUCUUGAAGCAACAACUCAAAUUUUUAACAGAAUAGACAAAUUAUACACGGAAAACAACUUGCAUUCCUUGCCUUGAAUACUUAUUUUAAUAUUUUUAUCAUUCCUAAUUUUAUGUACAAAAAAUUAAUUUUUAUUUUUGCACAUAUUUUGCUGAUUAUAUGGUAUUUAAAUGAGUUUGAUAAGGUUUAUAUCAUGCAAGUUAUAUGUGAUAUUAAAAG